GACCAACAACGAACAUCACAUAAAGAACCGAAAGCAACCUUCUCAUCUCUCUCUCUCUCUCUCUCUUGCACCGACCCUUUACUCAUUUCAUUCAUUCAUUUUUCACCAGACACCUCAAGACAGAAAAAAACAUGAGCGUGGAAGUGUUGGAUUCGGCCACCAUCAUCGGCUUUGUAGAGGACGAGGAGGCCUUCAAUGCCUUCAUAGGCGACCGCUUCUCUCGCCUCGACAUCGACCGCGACGGCUGCCUCUCCUAUGCGGAGAUGCUGCGGGAUCUGCAGGGCCUGCGGGUGCUCGAGACCCACUUCGGGGUCGACGUGAGGCCGGACCCAGACGAGCUGGCCCGCGUGUACGGCUCUCUGUUCAUGCAGUUUGACCACGACGCCAAUGGGUCGGUGGACCUGGAGGAGUUCAAGGCGGAGACGAGGAGGAUGAUGCUCGCCAUGGCCGACGACUUGGGGUUCUUGCCGGUCCAGAUGGUGUUGGAAGAGGACAGCUUCCUGAAGAAAGCAGUGGAGCGCGAGCUCACCAAAGCGGCUGCUUAAUUUGGAGGAUUUUAUCUUACGAGGGAUUAAUCAUAGUGGGAAGAUGUGGUUGUAUUUGAGAUUUCGUCAUUUUUAUGGUCUUUUUAUUUACACUCCCCUUGUUUUCUAAACUAAAUUAUGUACCCCAAGAAUGAUUUAUAGAGGGAAAUGAAGGAUUUAGCAUUUGUUAUCAA